AUGCCACCCCUCCGUCCCCGCACCCUCCGCACCAUCACGACGACCGCGAAAUCACGCCCUGGUCACCGCCGCCCACGCGUCCCAGACGAGUCCACCCUAGCAGGCGCGACGCAUAAGCCCUCCCUCUCAAUGGGCGGCGCCUCGUUCGGACACUUGAUCUCAGAGCUCAGUAGGACGACGCCGACGAUGCAGAGGGUUGCGGCAGGGUUGCUGGGCGUGCCUGUUGUGCUUGGGGCGGGGGUUGUUGGGGUGACGUGGGUGUGGGGCCUAGCGGAUUAG